AAUCGUGGAGUUACGACCUUCUGCUACACACAGCGCGUAUGCAAGAUUGUUGUUUUAUAUAGUUUUUGAAUAAAUUUUAUAACAAAAUGCCUACGCGUUGCGUUGCUAUUGGGUGCAUAAACACUGCCGAUGUUAACAGAAAAUCCGAGGCACAAAUAGAACUGGAAAAAGUGACCAAGAUAACGUUUCAUUCGUUUCCGUCCGAUCCUGUUAGAAGAAUGCAAUGGAUAAAAAUCAUGAACCUUGAAGACAGAGGGAUUAACAAAAGAAGUCGUCUUUGUUCUCUUCACUUUAAGGAAGAAUUUAUGGAUCGCACAUCUCUAGUAUAUGUAAGAUUGAGAGAGAAUGCUGUUCCAUAUAUAUUUGACGAGACAUUGUGCGAUGAAAUGGAAGAUGAAAUAAGUAUAAAAAAUGAAGUAAAGUGGCCCCUGAAAUCUCUCUUUCCAACAAUGAACUUUUUAAACUUAAAGAUGAAUGCAGAAGAUGGUAAAGAGACUUCUAUCAUGUGUUCAACAUGUGACAAAGCGACAAAUACAUCACCCUCUUCGUCAUUGCGAAGAUCAACUGAGGAUAAAGAAACGAGAAUAUCGCCCGAAAGAAUAUGGAACAUGAACAACCCGACUGUAGAAGCAAUUAGGAAAGCAGCACGUGUUGAAAUUGAAAUUUUGCGCAAAAAAAUGAAAGUUAUGCGACAGAAACUCUUGCGAAAAGAGAAGAAAAUUGCAAUUAUGAAAACUACCUUGAAUAAAUUGAAAAUAGAGAAUUUAAUCAAUGAUUAGCAAAUGAUAUCUUUUUCUAAUAGCAUAAAAUAUUUAAUUUACUAUCUACUGUUCACUAUUUACUAUCUUACUUAUCUUCUGUUAUC